GCUGUCGUUUGAAUACACAGCGGAAACGGGCAGACAGCUUCGCCUAACGAAAUGGCGUCUGGACUCUGAAGCAAUAUAGUAGACAAGCUAAUUGGUACAGUUCAACGUAUUCGAUGCAUGGAGCACAUAAAGGGCGAUUUGAGAUUUCGCGGUAACAUCGUUUUUUGUUUUAUUGGUAUCGUGCCUUAGUUAAGGUCUGUUCUGUGGCUGUUAUAACGUCUUCUCAUGUAAGCUAACUGAGCAGUUGAUUUUUAAAAAAAUAUUGUGCUAGUUUGUAAAACUAUAAUAUGUUUGGUGUAUCAUCUACAUAUAUGUAAAAUGUCCUAGCAACAGAAGUAUUUGUACUACUCGGACAACGACUUUUGGGGGAAAAAGUGUUUUUUUUUUUACCGUAUUGUACAGUGUUACAAGUAGAAGAUAGAUAGGUCUUUAAAAUGAUGGUCGAGGAGAGAAAUAUGAUCCGACUAGUGGCUGUGCAACAUCUUCAGUCAGCGUAUGGAAUCAAGACAAAGAGCUGCAACAAAAACAAAGGAGCUAGGUGCAAGUCAACAGCCACCAAUUCGUCAAAGGUUUUUGGCGUACCUUUGGAGAGCUUGCCAUAUUAUAACAUGGAGUGUGGGUGCGUGCCACGCUUUCUGGUGGAUGCAUGCAUGGAGCUACAAGCACAUAUCGACACAGAGGGCCUAUUCAGAAAAUCAGGCUCUGUUGUCCGCCUGAAAGCACUACGGGCUAAGGUGGAUUUGGGCGAUGAGUGCCUGGCGACUGCUCUUCCUUGUGAUGUGGCCGGCCUGGUGAAGCAGUUUUUCAGGGAACUGCCAGAGCCUGUGCUGCCUAUCGAGCUGCAGGAGGCGUUCCUCAAGGCCCAGCAGCUCACUACCAAAGAGGAGCGGACCUGCGCCACCAUGCUUCUCUCCUCAUUGCUGCCAGACAGGAACCAAAGUGUGUUGCGGCACUUCUUUGACUUCCUUCAAAAUGUGUCCAAGAGGAGUGCACAAAAUAAGAUGGACAGCUGCAACCUGUCAGUGAUCUUGGCUCCAAACCUCCUCCACUCUGGAGACGGCACAGAAAAGAUGAACGCCAACACAGAGAAACGCCUCAAACUGCAGACGGCUGUAGUUCACUGUUUUAUAGAGCACGCCCACAACUUUGGUGUUUUGCCACAGUUCCUAGAAGAGAAAGUAUCAGCCAGGAUUGCCUGUGAGUCAGGGGUACUAUCCCCUGUGUACAAUGAGCUUCAGGAGAUGGACCAAAAUUCAGGGAUGAAGAGGAAACAUAGACACAGUUUCGGAGUCUUUUCUUCUGCCACUCCUGUGAUUGCGACACCCAUCUCCAAGCGAAAACUUUCUUUAGAUUCUGGUUAUUCUUUUGGGCUCUCAAACAAGAAACGUAGGCCUGUCAAGAAGGACCUUGGGACGGACGUACUUCCCAAUUCCUUGUUCAGUGGGACCUCCACCCCUGGAUCAGCUUACAGCGCCUCAGGGGCGUUGGAUGCCUCCCAAAGUACCCUUCCCUCUGCAAGCAAGCCUCGAAAGCAGGCGGCAACCUCUGCAAGGAGAAAGAGCAGACUGCAUAGCAGCAGACAUGAAGUCAGCAGAGUUGAAUCGGGACGAGCCGGCUGCUUUUCUCCCAAAGUCGGCAAAAAAGAAGCACCGCGCAAGUCGCUGCGUCUGCGGUUCAGCCUGGGGAGGAGCCACAAAGACGCUGGGUCUGAGUCCAUAGGCUGGCGACUUGCCACCCAGGAGCGCACCAGCAGUUUUUGUUUCACCAAAGAGACCGUGUUCAGUCCGUCGGCUCAGCCCUCAAACGUAGACUCCAAGAGUUCAAAGUUUAGAAGCAAGUCUGAGGACAACUUGCUGACCCCUCAAAGUAACCCAGGUGUCCACCGGACCUCACGGAACAGGGAGGCCCCUGAAGGAGAGCAGCCUUUCAGCGUUGGCACCUUCACCGAUACACCCAUGAGUGUGCGUCUGGAGAGCAACUGUGUGUCUGAACCCAGUAUAGUCAUGUCCAAACGACUGGCUGCGUCCAGCCUUCCCAAGAAGCUGUGUUGCACUUCCGGUGCGGAGAGCCUGGAAUGUGAGUCCAUAUUCAAACCCUCAAGCCAAACUGGAGUGGCCCCGCCGAAGCUUCACAACAGCCUCCCAGAAUCAGGUGCUGAACUCGCAGCUCUACCGCAGGAGACAGUACACGCAGAAUCAUCAGACAGCAUCCUGCUCCCUCCGCCCAAGACUCCUAUGGUUGUGACACCGACUCACCAGAGCAGUCUGGUUCAUGAGCAGAACCUUACCUUUGACAUAGCAACCUUAUCACCUUUGCAUAUUGAUAGUGUAGUUUUAGAGUCUGCUGGGAGUUGCAGUCCAGCAGUGAGAGCUGCUCAGAGUUCGUUUUCUGCUGCCGCUGUAAGCCACAACAACUCUGUGAUGUUGGGAAGCAACGACUCAGUGGGGCGGGUACACUGUAGCAGACUGGCUGAGGCUCUGGACCUCCAGAGUCCAACCCACUUUAGACUGGGUGUCUCUCCAGGACUGCAGUCCACUCCCUAUAAGCCAGGCCUUGCAGAAGAGCUGGGUACAGAUGCCAUCGGUACAACUGGCAGUGCAGCGCAUCACCAGGACUUGUCUUUCACAGAGGCUGUUGCAAAAAGUCCAAACCGGCUGGCCCACCCCAAGCCCCGUGUGGCAGACCACAUUCAACACUUCAACAAACUCACCCUUCAGUCUCCCAAAGGCACCAGAGUCCUACAAAUCAAGUCGCCGCUCAAGUUCCAGCGCACCCCCGUGCGUCAGGCGGUUCGCAGGAUCAACUCUCUCCUGGGAGAGAGCAGGAGACCCGCUGGGAAUCUGGAGCGGACCACCAGUCAAGGCAUGAAAGCUAUAAAAGCAGUGAGCCUGGAGAGCAGCCUGUCCCCCCACCCACACCCUCAGCCACCUAAGGGAGAAGCUUCACUGGUUCUGAACAGCACACGUCCCCUAAAGAAGCCACCCAAAAAGCCAAGCUUCUUGGCUGGUAAAGUCAAGACCUGUGCUCUGGGCGAUGUGACCAAUAAGGUCCAACCCAAGACUAAAGUGGACUCUUCUAUCUCAGAUGCAGGAACUCAGAAGAUGGAUGUGCAGCAGCUAGUAAAGGAGGCACAAUAUUACCGAGGUUCACCAAGAAACCCUCUUAACCAACCUCGACUGCUGUCAGCCACCAAGCCUGUGGAUUUGUAGACAGCGUUCCUUUGCCUUAAUAUGCAGCUGGAAGAACCAUACACACGUGGGAUUUAAUUUAUUUGGAGCUACAUUAAGUGCUGCUUGUCUUGUCUUAUGGCCUUAAUGAAAUGUGCCUCUGCCUGAGUAGAUUAUAGUGUGCAGGUGAAUGAGUUUAUUGGUGGGAUGACUGGAAAUCUUUUAUUUAUGUAUUCUAUGGCUGUUUACCUUUUUAUUGUUACAUAUUUGCAUACUGUUUUUUUUUUUUUUUGUUAAGUCAGAACAAAUGCACCUUUUUAAAAGGAAAUGAUGAAAAAUAGCCCGGUAGUAUUGAUGACAUGUCAAUGUCUGAUUUUCAAAUCCAGCAGCCAGUAAAAAAAAAAACCUUUCCGAAAAAUAAACCGCGUUUCUACAUUUUGAAGUGUUUUUUCAUCUUGUUGCGUCAAUGGCAAUAUUGUAGCAUCCACAGGGGGGCGUUGUAUAGCCAUUUUUUUAAAACUUUUUUUUAACUUUUUUUUUCCCACAGCUAGUCUGUAAUGCAUCAGGCAUUCUCUCCAAAGCUUAAGCACCUCUUUGUAAGAAAUGACUCUUUAAAAUGAGUUUAGCCGCAAAAAAGAAGAUAUCUUCCUUGCGUUUCUGUCAUGUGAUGCAUUCGAGUUUGAGGUCUUUGUAUGACAAACUCACUCAGUCUCUCAUCUGCACUCAUGUGCUGCGUUCAAGUGCCCUUCCUUCUUACCUUCUGUGAUGCAUUUAGGUCUACCACACUGUUUACUACAUGUGUUGCAUUCAGCUGUCCUACCCUGGUUCACUAGGAUGCAUUUAAAUGUCAAGUGUCCUUAGGCUUGCAUGUGUUGUGUUCAAGUGUUCUACACUGAUCUGUCCCUGUCCCCUCACCUCCGUGGACACUGGGUCGCAUUCAAGUGUCCUCUCCUCCGUUCAUGUGAUGCAUGAAAGUGUCCUACCCUGUUUGGUCACUGCGAUACAUUGAAAUGUAAUGUUUCUUAGGUCAUAUCGUGAUGCUUUCAGGGGUCCUCUCCUGCAUCGUCCCUGUGGUGCUUUCAUGUGUUUUCACCUCCUUUGUCCAUGUGAUGCAUUAAAAUGCUUUGUGCCUUCUUGACCACUGUGAUGCAUUCAUGUCUCCUGACCUGGUUGGUUCAUGUGAUGCAUUCAAGUACUGCAUAAUGUUUUCCAAAAUGUCAGCGAUGCGUUCAGGCACCAUCCCCCAUUUGGUCUGCUCAUACAUGCAUUCAUAUGUCCUACCUUUCUGGGUCGCUGUGAGGUGUUCAGGUGUCCUCCCCUCAUUUGCUCCAUUGAUGCGUUCAAAUGCCAA